AUGGUCGUGCCAGUCCUCUUUGCCUUAAUCUGGAUGGUGGAGGGAGCCCUGGCGCAGCUUCACUACACCGUGCAAGAGGAGCAAGAGCAUGGCACUUUCGUGGGGAAUAUUGCCGAGGACCUGGGCUUGGACAUUACAAAACUUUCGGCUCGCCGCUUCCAGACGGUGCCCAAUUCGCGGAGCCCUUACCUGGACCUCAAUCUGGAGACCGGGGUGCUGUACGUGAGCGAGAAGAUCGACCGCGAGCAGAUCUGCAAGCAGAACCCGUCAUGCCAGCUGCACCUGGAAGUCUUCCUGGAGAACCCGCUGGAGCUCUUCCGCGUGGAGAUCGAGGUGCUGGACAUUAACGACAACCCUCCCGCCUUCCCAGAGCCCGACCUGACGGUGGAGAUCUCGGAGAGCGCCACGCCGGGCACCCGCUUCCCCCUCGAGAGCGCCUUCGAUCCGGACGUGGGCACCAACUCGCUGCGCACCUACGAGAUCACCCCCAACAGUUACUUCUCGCUGGACGUGCAGACUCAGCCCGACGGCAACCGCUUUGCCGAGCUGGUGCUCUCCAAGCCGCUGGACCGCGAGCAGCAGGCGGUGCACCGCUACGUGCUGACAGCCGUGGACGGCGGGCAGCCGCAGCAGCGCACCGGCACGGCCCUGCUCACUAUCCGCGUGCUGGACUCCAACGACAACGUCCCCGCCUUCGAGCAGCCCGUCUACACCGUCUCCCUGCCCGAGAACUCGCCGCCCGGCACGCUGGUGCUGCAGCUCAAUGCCAGCGACCCGGAUGAGGGCCAGAAUGGCGAGAUCAUCUACUCGUUCAGCAGCCACAUCUCGGCCCGCGCCCGGGAGCUCUUCGGCAUCUCGCCGCGGACGGGCCGGCUGGAGGUGAGCGGCGAGCUGGACUACGAGGAGAGCAGCGUCUAUCAGGUGUACGUGCAAGCCAAGGACCUGGGGCCCAACGCCGUGCCGGCCCACUGCAAGGUUCUGGUGAGGGUGCUGGACGCCAACGACAACGCGCCCGAGAUUAGCUUCUCCACCGUCAAGGAGGCGGUGAGCGAGGCAGCGGCGCCCGGCACGGUGGUGGCCCUCUUCAGCGUCUCGGACCGCGACUCAGAGGAGAACGGGCAGGUGCACUGCGAGCUGCUGCAGGGCGAGGCGCCCUUCCGCCUCAAGAGCUCCUUCAAGAACUACUACACCAUCGUCACCGAGGGGCCCCUGGACCGCGAGCAGCCCGGCGGCGACGCCUACACGCUGACGGUGGUGGCGCGGGACCUGGGCGAGCCGGCGCUGAGCACCAGCAAGUCCAUCCAGGUGCGCGUCAGCGACGUGAACGACAACGCGCCCCGCUUCUCGCAGCCCGUCUACCAGGUGUACGUGAGCGAGAACAACGUGCCGGGCGCCUACAUCUACGCCGUCAGCGCCAGUGACCGCGACCAGGGCGCCAACGCGCAGCUGGCCUACUCCAUCCUGGAGAGCCAGAUCCAGGGCAUGUCGGUCUUCACCUACGUCUCCAUCAACUCCGAGAACGGCUUCCUCUACGCGCUGCGCUCCUUCGACUACGAGCAGCUCAAGGAGUUCAGCUUCCAGGUGGAGGCCCGCGACGCCGCCGCCGGCGGCCCCGAGGAGGAGGAGGCGCUGGCCGGCAACGCCACUGUCAACAUCGUGGUGGUGGACCAGAAUGACAACGCGCCCGCCAUCGUCAGCCCGCUGCCCGGCCGCAACGGCACGCCGGCCCGGGAGGUGCUGCCCCGCGGCGCCGAGCCGGGCUACCUGGUGACCCGCGUGGCUGCCGUGGACGCCGACGACGGCGAGAACGCGCGCCUGACCUACAGCAUCGUGCGCGGCAACGAGGCCAGCCUCUUCCGCAUGGACUGGCGCACCGGCGAGCUGCGCACCGCGCGCAAGGUGCCGGCCAAGCGCGACUCGCAGCGGCCCUUCGAGCUGGUCAUCGAGGUGCGCGACCACGGGCAGCCGCCGCUCUCCUCCACCGCCGCGCUGCACGUGUUGCUGGUGGACAGCGCGGUGGAGCGGCAGGGGGCGGGCGCGGGCGGCGGCGGCACGGGCGGCGGCGGGGCGCUGGGCCCCGGCGGGGCAGGCGGGCCCGGCGGCGAGCACCGGCCCAGCCGCUCGGGGGCGGGCGGCGGCGGCGGCGAGAGCUCGCUGGACCUGACGCUGAUCCUCAUCAUCGCGCUGGGCUCGGUCUCCUUCGUCUUCCUGCUGGCCAUGAUCGUGCUGGCCGUGCGCUGCCAGAAGGAGAAGAAGCUCAGCAUCUACACGUGCCUGGCCAGCGACUGCUGCCUGAGCUGCUGCUGCUGCUGCCCCUGCUGCAGCCGCCAGGCGCGGGCCCGCAAGAAGAAGCUCAGCAAGUCCGACAUCAUGCUGGUGCAGAGCGCCAACGUGCCCAGCAACCCGGCCCAGGGGCCCGCCGAGGAGUCGGCCAGCUUCGGCUCCCACCACCACAACCAGAACUACUGCUACCAGGUCUGCCUCACGCCCGAGUCGGCCAAGACCGACCUGAUGUUCCUCAAGCCCUGCAGCCCCUCCCGCAGCACCGACGCCGAGCACAACCCCUGCGGGGCCAUCGUCACGGGCUACGCUGACCAGCAGCCCGACAUUAUCUCCAAUGGCAGCAUACUAUCCAGCGAGACUAAACACCAGCGUGCAGAGCUCAGUUAUCUAGUUGAUAGACCACGGCGGGUAAACAGUUCUGCAUUCCAGGAAGCAGACAUAGUAAGCUCUAAGGACAGUGGUCAUGGAGACAGUGAGCAAGGAGACAGCGAUCAUGACGCCACUAAUCGAGGUCAAUCCUCUGGCAUGGAUCUCUUCUCUAAUUGCACAGAAGAAUGUAAAGCAUUGGGCCACUCGGAUCGGUGCUGGAUGCCCUCUUUUGUCCCUUCUGAUGGACGCCAGGCUGCGGAUUACCGCAGCAAUCUUCAUGUUCCUGGUAUGGACUCUGUUCCAGACACUGAAGUGUUUGAAACACCAGAAGCCCAGCCAGGGCCAGAGAGGUCCUUCUCCACCUUUGGCAAAGAGAAGGCCCUUCACAGCACUCUGGAGCGGAAGGAACUGGAUGGACUGCUGUCUAAUACACGAGCGCCUUACAAACCACCAUAUUUGACACGGAAAAGGAUAUGCUAGUCAAUUCUACGGGAUUUACCUGAAGCAGCAUGAUUUGCACAAAAGUCGACCAACAAAAGCAUCAACUUUUCAACUUCAUUAUCUUGGCCAUCCAAUUCUGUGUUAACUGAAGAAUUACUGUGCUGUUGGAGAUAUCAUGGCCAACAAUAGGACCUAACUGCUCUCAGCAGGCCUGAGAAAUGAGUUGAAAUGUAUGGAACUGUAGAAACUUCAAGAGGCAGCUGAUUUUUGCCUCUCUGAUCAGUGUGUGCCUGUUUACAGCACUAUAUAGCUCUCUCUUUCUCUCUCUUUCUCUCUCUAAAAUGUCACUGAGCCCUUUAGAUGUUUAUAUUCGCCACAAGAAGCCAAUCGUACAGAUUUUAAAAAAAGGAAACGUGCAUUAUAAAUGCAAUAUCACUGUUUUAAACUUGACUGUUUUAUAUUAUUUUUGUGUGAUCAAGUGUCCCCCAAACUAUUCCAACUUUACAAAAGAAAUUGUGAAUCAUGUUCUUUUCACCUGUGGGUCAUGAAAAUGUUGUUAAUCUGCAGACCCACAAAAUAUCAAAGACAUUCUGUAGUUUAUACACCGUGUUGCAAAGUGUUUACUGUACUAUUUCAAAGCUUCUAAAUAAAUAUAAAAUAUAUAUAUUAUAUUACAUAUAAUUUUCCGGGAAACGUGGUACCAUUUAGUUGAUUUUUAAAUGAAUUCAUACAGUCUGCACCAUACACUAAAGUGAGAAGGUAAUUCAGGGUCCUUAAAUUAUCCUUGCCUAAACAAUAAAAUAAAUCUUUAAUAAUACUUCCCCAUUUUUGUACUUUGGUCAAUCCUGUUUUGUCCUUGUUAAAAAAAAAAAAGAGCUGUAAGAAACAACAGUUUUUUUUCUGAAAGUUGUACUGAAUUUUCAAUGCCAAAGAUACAGCUGUCAAUAAUUAUGAAAAUGAGCACUGACUAUGUACUAUCAAAAGUAUAUAUAUCAACCUCCAUUAUUUUAAUUCUAUUUCUAUGGCUUUUAAUUUGGAAUCAAAAAACUUUUUA